AUGGAAGACUCAGCCAACACACAUGAGCAGGAUGCAGCUCCCGGAGAAAGAGACGCAGAAGACGAACUUCCAGUAACGAAAUGGAAGGACCUUUUCAACUUCACUACUCGUCGACAUAUUCCACUGCUCGUGACCGCUUUCAUUCUUGCGGUCUUCGCUGGAGUCGCCGUCCCAGCUGACGCAUACCUUAUGGGCAAACUCUUCGAUACCUUCUCAAAGCACGCUUCUGGAGCUUAUACGUCAGAAAAGUUGAAAGACGAUGUGUCGAAGUAUUGUCUCUACCUUGCGGCGCUGGCGUUAGGGAACUGGGUCGUCAACACCCUCUUUUACGCGAGCUGGAUGAUGUUUGGCGAGCUACAAGCGAGGAGUGCGCGAGAAAGGAUCUUUGAAGCGCUGCUGAAAAGAAAUAUCGAAUGGUUCGACAAAAGGAAGAACGGUAUUGGAGCAAUGGUGCCACGGCUGCAAAUGCAAACUCGUGAGCUGCAGAUGUCUGUCUCGCAACCGCUCGGAGGAAUCAUAGAAAAGCUCUCGACUACCUUCCUUUCUCUCGGCUUGGCCUUCUACUACUCCUGGAAACUCACGCUCGUCAUUCUAUGCAUCGUCCCUGUCGCCUUUUUCGCAGUGGCCAUCCUCUCCAGUCACCUCCAGCCUAACAUUGACAAGCAGAGCGAUAAGCUGAACGAAGCUCUCAAAUAUGCUAUAGGCGCCAUGACUUCGAUCGAUACGGUCAAGUGUUUCAAUGGACAGAACUUGGAAGUAUGGAAAUACACAAAGACGGCACGAGAAGCCGCCAACUACUAUGUCCGACAGGCCAACCUGAACUCGCUGCAGUUAUCCAUUAUGUCCUUGGUUACAUUUGGCAUGUUCGUGCAAGGAUUCUGGUACGGCAGCACGCUCUUGGAUAAGAGCCAAACUCCUGGACAUGUCUUGACGACCUUUUGGGCUGCAUUGAUGGCUUGUCAGGGAUUUACGUCUAUACUACCUCAAUUAAUGGUCAUGGAGAAAGGUAGGGCUGCCGGUGCCAAGUUGCGGGCAGUCAUGGUCCAUGGAUUAUCAAAAGGUCGGGAGGAUACUGGCGACGGAUUUCAGCCAGACCAUUGUGCUGGCGAUAUCGAGAUGAAGAAAAUUUGCUUCUCCUAUCCCAUCCGUCCUAACGAACUCGCCUUGAAUAAUGCCUCACUGUUCUUUGCAGCUGGCGAGAUGACAUUCGUUAUCGGACGGAGUGGUUCCGGGAAAAGCACAAUUGGUCAAAUUCUUUCACGCUUUUAUACAGUGAAAUCCGGCCAGGUAACCUUGGAUGGCCACAGGCUGGAAAACAUCGACAUUGGCUGGUUACGUCGCAACCUGACCCUUGUGGAACAAACAAGCGUUUUGUUCGAGGGAUCAAUCUUCUGCAACAUUAGCUACGGGAGAGAAGAUUUUGAAGUUGUGACAUUGGAGGAUGCUAAGAUGGCAGCACAGUUUGCUUUGUUGCAAGAGACAAUCAACGACCUACCCGACGGAUGGGAUACAUAUGUUGGAUCCAAAGGCACUUCGAUGAGCGGUGGCCAAAGACAGCGUGUUGCUCUAGCCAGAGCUAGGCUACGAGACACACCAAUUCUGAUACUGGAUGAGUCGACCAGCGCUCUUGAUUAUAUCAACCGCACGCUUGUGUUGGAGGCGAUUCGGGUUUGGCGUCGUGGAAAGACGACUAUCAUCAUCACCCACGACAUUGCGCAGAUUCUUCCGGACGACUACGUUUACGUCCUUGAGAAGGGGAAAGUUGUGCAAGAUGGCUAUCGAAGGUCCAUGGAAAAGGUUGCUAGAUCGCCAUUCCAAAAGUUCCUGGCUAUCAAGGAAGAAGACGAAGAAGAAGAUAACGAUGAUGGAUUGCGUCCGCACAUUAAAGAUGGCCAGGCCGCAAGUCUAGAGCGCAGGGCAUCCGAUUCGAGUUCCAAAUAUUCGACGGAUUCGGACAGCAUAGUGGAUCCUCUGGACAUGUACCUCGAGAAAACCGAAACAGGAGUUUUGCCAUACAUGCCAAGCAUCUUCAUCGAACGACCCACGGACGCUUCCAGGCGCAACUCGAUGAUGAUUCCACCUGCCAUUGGUCGAUUUUCAAGGAUCAUGCCUCCAAGCAACACAGCGUGGUCGCCAUUUGCCAAGCCCCCGUUGUCUCCUUCGGCUUCCUCGACGUACUCUUCACAAGGUGAUAUGCCAGUGCAAUCCGAUCUUACUCAGGACUACGAGGUUGGUCUUGGAAUCACGAGUGUUGGAAGGCGGAGAAGAAGAUCACAACUUGUAGCCCUGCAUAACAGGGUCCCCAUAUUGGCUCAAGAAACAAAAUACUCUGGGAAAAAAAGUCCAUUGGUGAAGAUGGUCUCAAGCUUUUCAAAGAAAAGAGGCAAAGCCAAUGAGGGGGACUGCAGGGCUCUCACCAUCAAACAGAUUCUGGUUACUGUAUGGCCGCGCCUCGACUGGGUCCAACGGAUUCUUCUCAUCGUUGCAUUCAUAACCUGCUGUUUUCAUGCAGUUGCGACGCCUGUAUUCGCCUAUGUUUUUAACAAACUCCUAACUACCUUCUACAUUAAGGAAGGUCGCCAACGCAAAGCGCUCAUCUACUCGCUUGCAAUCCUCGGCCUCGCAAUCUUCGACGGCAUUGCCAACUACACCUCGCACUUUUUGCUUGAAUACUGCGGUAUGAUGUGGGUGCACAACGUCCGCGCCGAAUCGAUAAAGCGUCUUCUUGACCAGCCCCGCGAGUUUUUCGAUCGUGAAGAGAACAAUGUCAAUUCCCUCGCAGAGAAUCUCGAUUACCACGCCGAGGAGAUGCGCAAUGUACUUGGGCGCUUCGCGGGAUUCAUUCUCAUCGCCGUUCUCAUGAUGGGAACAGCAAUCGUCUGGAGUUUGAUCAGCGCCUGGAAGCUGAGCUUAGUCGGACUGACUGUAGUGCCUGUCUUUUGGGCCAUUACGUCUGGAUUCUCGACAGUCAGCGGCAAACAAGAGGGCUUGCUCAAUGAUGCGGACGAAACAGCCACAGCGAUAUUCGCCGAGACCUUUAUCAACAUCAAGACGGUUCGCUCGCUCACACUUGAGAAAACGCUCCAUGACAAGUACUUCACGUCUACGCGCAAUAUUGUCCAGGUCGGGAUAAAGCGCGCCGCGUACAGUGGCCUAUUCUUCGGCCUCACCGACUCAGUCAUUUACUUUGUCACCGCCCUGCUCUUCUACUACGGCGGUGUACUUGUCUCAUCCAACGAGUUUACCACGCAGCAUAUUUUACAGGUCUUCAGCGAGCUGACGAUGAGCAUGACCAACGUCAACGCCAUCGUUUCUAUGAUCCCACAGAUCGGCUCGUCAAGAGACACAGCGACGCGUCUGCUACGCCUAGCUAGUCUGCCUACAGACAGCCAUGAAACCGUCGGUACAACGCGUAUCCCGCUCGUUGGUGAUAUUGUCAUGCACAACCUACGCUUUCACUACCCGACGAGGCCAGAAGCCGAAGUAUUGCGAGGCAUCGACAUGACCAUCAAAGCCGGCACCUGCGUAGCCAUAGUCGGUGCCUCUGGCUCGGGCAAAUCAACCAUCGCAUCGCUGCUGCUGAGCCUGUACACCCCCGACGCGAGCGACCCCAUCCAAGAGCACUCCGGCAUCACCCUCAGCGCCCGCGAUAUUAAGCAUCUGCACACGCCCACGCUCCGCACGCACAUCACGCUCGUCAGCCAGACGCCGACGAUCUUCCCUGCCACCGUCGCUGAGAACAUCACUUAUGGGCUGGCAUCCAGUGACCCGCUCGCCUCGCCCAACAACGUGCGCGAUGCAGCCGCCGGAGCUGGCAUCGACGAGUUCCUGGCCAGCUUACCGGCCGGGUACGACACGCUUAUUGGGGAGGGCGGCGUCGGGCUGAGCGGUGGUCAGGCGCAGCGGAUUGCGAUUGCGCGAGCGCUGGUGCGGCGGCCCGACGUGCUGGUGCUGGAUGAGGCGACGAGCGCGCUGGACGUCGAGAGUGCCGGAAUAGUGAGGGCGACGGUGGAGAGACUGAUUAGUGGAGAUCAUGGCAUGACGGUCAUUAUCAUCACUCAUUCGCGCGAAAUGAUGGCGAUUGCGGAGCAGGUUGUUAUGUUGGGAGAUGGAAAGGUGUUGGAGAUGGGUGGAUUCGAGGAGCUGAAGAGGAGAAGAGGUGCAUUUGCAAGGUUGUUGAAGGGCGGAGAGCUAGACAACGAAUGA